CGAAGUUCCUAUCUUAUUCCCAGCUUCACAAUUAUUUUCUCUGGUAGUUGCAGUCGACGCUACUUCAGGCAACAUUAUGGACUUGAUUUCCUUAGGACAUCUGGAAUCCAUGGGCUCUGCCAAAGGCCUCAUGGAGCAGAAGAGUCUACAAAUUACCAUUGACAACGAUAACUUAAGAAUCUUGAAAAGUUGUGAAUCUUUGUUCAAUAACGUCAUCGACAAGAAGUUUCAAUGUAUCAGUAACCUGGAAAGUGCCAUGAAUUCUGCCAAAAUCUACAGAACAAUGUUGCUAUCCCAAAUAGAGUUGUCUGUCUGGAAAGAUGAUCUCACCAGACAUCCUGUGGAUGCUGUGGUUAAUGCUGCCAAUGAAUACCUUUCCCAUGCAGGAGGUCUGGCCUUGGCCCUGUUGAGGGCAGGAGGGCCUGUUGUUGCACAGGAGAGUGAAGAAAUGAUCAGGCGUGUAGGAAAAGUACCAACUGGUCAAAUAGCUGUAACAGGAGGAGGCCAGCUUCCCUGUUCCCAGAUCAUCCAUGCUGUUGGACCACAGUGGAGUAUGACAAAUGCACAAAGAUGUUGCUUCGAACUUAGAGAAGCCAUUUUAAAUAUUCUGAAUCAUGUAGUCAAUGAACCUGGCAUAAAGACAGUGGCAAUCCCUGCAUUAAGCUCUGGGAUUUUUGGCUUCCCUCUGGAUAUGUGUGCAGACAUUAUUGUAAAUACGAUUUUGCUAUUUCCUAAUUUUCAAAGCAACAGUACCUUAAAAGAAAUCCACCUGGUGAGCAAUGAGGAACCCACUGUGGCUGCAUUUAAAAGAAGCUGUGAAAAGAUUCUGAGUGGGAACAUACCAGCAACCCCACCUUUAGCUUCCAUUACCCUCAACAAUGUGAACCUCCAGAUUAUAGAGGGGUUCAUUGAGAAGCAGCAGGUGGAUGUAAUUGUGAAUACUGUAUCAGCUAAAAAUUCUUUUGAAAAUGGAUAUGUAUCAAAUGCAAUUCUUAAGCAAGCAGGCACUGAACUUGAGGAAGACUUUUUAAAAGCAUUGUAUAAAACAUCUAAAAGUCAAGAGUUGGUAGUAGUCACAAGAGGAUUCAAGUUAUCCUGUCAAUAUGUGUACCAUGUAGUGUGGCCUGACUACGAUAAUAAAAAGAAGAUAUUGAAAGAUGCAGUGAUGAAAUGCUUGGAAAACUCCUGUCAGCAAAGUAUAAAAUCAAUUUCCUUCCCUGUUCUUGGAACUGGGAGCAUUGGCAUCGCAAAAGAAGAAGCAGUUCGAAUUAUGUUGGAGGAAGUUUUACAGUUUUCCAAGGACCACCCAAGAAAAAAACUCCUUGUGAAUUUUGUGAUCUUUCCAGCUGACAGCAAACUAUCUGAGGUUUUCAAAAGUGAGUUGGCCAAGAUGAAGACCAACCAGAUGGGAAAGAUGACACAAAAAAUGAAUAAAGAAAGUGGUAAAAAGUACAAAGCUCCAAGGAGGCCUGAAGAAGAGAAAAAAGAAGCUGAGCUUGAAGAAACAAGAACACCUUCAAUCCACCUCAAAGGGAAUAAUGAGGAACAACUGGCUGCUGCUAAAAAGUGGAUCAUGACAUUAUUGUGGCCCCGGGCGUGCUAUUCUAUUGAAAACAAUCUUAUCUUCUACCUUGGCAAAGAGGAGCAUGACCAGUUGUCUCAUCUAAAAAACAAGUAUGAGGUUUCCAUCUCAGAGGAUAUCAGCUCUGGGAAGGUGACACUAGAGAUUAAAGGAAGGCGGAACACUAUCAUUCCUGUGGUGCUACGUAUUGAAAACCUGCUGUGUGAUGUGCAGAUGGACUGUGCAGAGAAAAACUUAAGAAGGCUAAAGGGAUGCUCAUUCUCUAUCCAGCCACAAGAAGGAAAUGUGAAUAGUUUGGACAUUUCGUUGGAAAAGAAACUCCAGGAAAAGAAAAAAGAGUUUGAAAAAGCGGGUUUGGAAGUGCUGAAGGUCGAUUCAAUCUCCGAUCCCUUACUUGAGGCUGCCUUUAAAGGGAGGAAGAUGAUUCAGAGUAAGAAAGCAAAUGGGAACUGUAGUUUCAUGCUGUACCAGGAAGUCCCACAUCAAUUCUGCAACUUUGUAAGAAAAACUGGCUUCCAAAGGAUAUACUCCAUGCCUCUCGACCACCAAUAUGGUUAUGGCAUUUACUUCAACAAGAACCUCAAAAACUUGGUAAACAAUCUCAGGACGACCUCUGACCCUGACUGCAAGAUCUAUGUAUUUGAGGCUGAAGUGGCCAUAGGUUCCUACUGUGAGGGAAGUCCAUCCUACAUUUCUCCUCCUCCAUUAGAUUCAAGAACCAUGGAUACCUAUGACAGUGUUGUUGACAAGGUCAAGAACCCAGAGACGUUUGUCAUUUUCGACAGCACACAGGCUCUCCCACGGUAUUUGUGGACCUGUGUGUUGAGAAAGCGUGCUUUCUCCCAAAUGGAAGCCAAGGAUAAGGGCUCAAAAAGCACCUCUGUCUAAUGGGCAUGUCAUGUUUCUCUAAAUAAUGGCUAUUACUUAAAAAAAAAGUCUCCCUAGCAAUUCCCCUAAAAAGUAGAUGAGACAGCUUAUGGAAACAGACCACCAUGUACUAGUACCCCAGUACCCUCAAUUCUGCUUCAACCUCUUCUUUUUUCUUUGUGAGGCAAUUGGGGUUAAGUGACUUGCCCAGGGUCACACAGCUAGUAAGUGUCAUGUGUCUGAGGCCAGAUUUGAACUCAGGUUCUCCUGACUCCAGGGCUGGUGCUCUAUCCACUGCACCACCUAGUUGCCCCUCAACCUCUUUUUAAAAAAUAAAAGAGUAGUAGGGGUAAAUACCCUACAACCUUCAUGGGAGAAAUGGAAAAGCUCUCUGAAAGAGAAACAAACUUUUGAGAGAAAAUAUCUAAUUUUUCUACUUCCCUUUUCUUUCUAAAAACUAGCAUUUAUAUUGUGCUUUAAAGUUUGCAAAGUGCUUUACAAAUAUUAUCUCAUUUGAUCCUCACAACAACCCUGGGAGGUAGGUGCUAUUAUUAUCAGUUUCUUGAUAUAUAAAAUGCGGAUAGCACUCAGUACAUCCUACUUCAUACUUUGUUGUGAGGCUCAAAUGAGAUAUGUACAGAAAGUGCUUUGCAAACCUAUUAGCACUAUAUAAAUGCCAGCUGGUGGUUUUACUGUUUAUUUUUAGCUCAUUGAUUCAUUUAAAAUAUAUUAUACUAUAUGGUGAGAUUUCUCUAAUUCCAUUUUCACCAUACUGCUAUAAUCGGAACACUUUUAAUCAGAUAGUGCCUUUCUUCUCUAAUGUUUUGAUAUCUCAUAUUUCUCAAAUGCUAUUAUAUUCAUUUUGUUCUAAUUCUGAGUUUUCUAAUGUGUAAUUUGAGAAUUGACAGUGCAAGUACUGAUUUGACUUUUUCCCUCUAUCACAAUUCCCCCAUAUUGUGCAUGCCUGGCCCUUCCAUAUAAUUUUUUUUCACUAUGAAGCAGCUCAAUGGCUUUGAAUAUUGCUAUGAUAAAAUGUAAUAAAAUUAAUUUUGAGUAAUAUUUUUGUGCUAUAAGAAAUGACAAGCAGGAUGACUUUGGAAAGAUAUGUAUGAAAUGAUGUAUUGUGAAAUGAGCAGAACCAAGAGAACA